UUUCAAAAGCCUAAGCGCGAAGUUGGUGUCUGAUCAAGCCAACAUGUUUUCUCAAGUUUGACUGUUGGAUUUCUAAAAAGAGGCACCAAGAUGGCUGGGAAGAAGAGGUUGUUUUCGGAGAUCAUGGGUCCUCCUGAAAAUGUUAGCGACACAAGAGAAUCAGACGUCAUAUUUGAAGAUGCCAAAAAGAACCUGUUGGAUACUUUUUCCAAAAGUCAGACAGUGUCUGCUGACCCUGCAUCAGACCACAUGAAAGUGUACUUACGUGUCCGUCCAUUCUCAGAAGAAGAAAAAGACAAAGACGAAGACCAGAAAUGUUUGAAGAUGGAAUCUGACAAUUCUGUAGUAGCAUAUGCGCCCAAAGAUUCACACACCUUCAAGAACUAUACACAUGGGCUGGGGAAGACCAAUUACAAGUUCACCUUUUCCAAGAUCUUUAACCAAGAUACAACCCAGAAGGAAUUCUUUGAUGAGACCAUGCUUGGCCUUGCCAGGGACUUUAUUGAUGGCCAGAACUGCCUUGUUUUCACCUAUGGUGUCACCAGUUCGGGCAAGACAUACACAAUACAAGGCAAGCCUCAUGAUGCUGGACUGUUGCCACGAGCGCUGGACGUGCUCUUUAACAGCAUCAGUGGCAAACAAUGGCCGGGCAUGGACCUCAAGCCCAAGAUGUUCACAGACGUGAGGAAACUGACCCCAGAGGAAGAAGAGAAGGAGCGACGGAUCAAAGAGAAGACGUUGAGCAUGUCUUCUGAUGAUGACUGUAAUGUGAUGACUCUGUUGGGAGAAGAUGCCUCUGACAUCUCCCAGGGCAACACCACAACCGCCUCUGAGGGCUCCAAUGUUUCAGCAGCCGCAGACCACCACAAAGACUCUGUAGAUGGUGACCUGUUUGCGGAGCUGGAGAACCGCGUGAGGGAAGAGGCAGCCAUCAACGUGGAAGAUCAGGGGCAGAUCAAGUUCCUGGUGUGGGUCAGUUUUGCUGAGAUCUACAACGAACAGAUCUUUGAUCUGCUCGAACAAAUUCCCAAGAAGAAAAAUGCAAGACGACAGGUGCUAAAGCUUAGUGAGGAUGGCAAUGGAAGUCCUUACAUUAAAGGUUUGAAGGAGAUCAACGUGACCAACGCUGAUGAGGCCUACAAGCUGUUGACCAUUGGUCAGAAGAAUCUCAGAACAGCUUGCACCAAACUUAAUCAUAAUUCAUCAAGAAGUCACUGUAUAUUUAACAUCAAGAUUCUGCGGGUUGUGGACACCAAGAAGCCUCACGUAGCACGAGUCAGCAUGCUCUCUCUGUGUGACCUCGCGGGGUCCGAGAGACAGUCAAAGACACACUCUGGAGGGGACCGACUGAAGGAAGCUGGCAACAUCAACACGUCACUCAUGACCCUCGGGAGAUGUAUUGAGCUGCUCCGAUACAACCAGACACACAAAGAAAAUCCGCGGAUGGUGCCAUUCCGAGACAGUAAACUCACCAGACUCUUUCAGAACUUUUUCUCAGGUCGUGGCAAGGCUGCUAUGAUAGUCAAUGUAAAUCAGUUAGCCAGCAUGUUUGAUGAAACUCUCAACGUGUUCAAGUUUUCUGCCAUUGCCAAACAGGUUGUUGUUGUACAAAAGCCAGAUCCAAAGCCUAAAGUUCCACGAGUACAUGCAAAGAAGGAGCCAGCUGGCAUGAGGCCGUCCAUCCAGUGGGCGUCACCAGGCACAGUGUUAAAGUACAGCUCCUUGAACACCCUGGAGGUGACAGAGGACAUGGAUGAGGAUGAGGAACUGGACACCAGCAUGAGUCAAGUCGAUGAACUGUUGAACAUCAUAGAGCAUCUGCAGCAGGACCUGCACAAUGAGAAGAACAACAAGAUCAGGCAUGAGGCCAAGAUACGCGAGGAAGUGUGCAAGGAGAUGAUGACUCAACUAGUGCAGAUAGAGAAUGACUACAGUGAACGCAUCCGGGAGAAAGACAUCAUGGCUGAGGAGAUGGUUGAGCAGAGGGUGAAGAUCCUGAUGGCGCACCAGCCACCGAGUAAACGGCCUCGACAAGACAAGAUGAUGGAUGAUGAGGAUGAAUGGGUCUCCAGUAUGUUACUGCAUGCAGAGCAGGUCAAGGUCAAGGAGAAGGAUGAAGAAGUGAAAAAACUGAAGAGUGAGAUAAACCGCCUGAAGACUGAUGUGCUGAAAGUGAGCAAGUCCCAGGAAGGUGUGACGAAGGAAAGAACUGCCUGUGAGUUUGCCUUGGCCGACAAGACUCGGCUCAUCCAGGACAUCAAGGCAGAGAAGACAAUGGCAGUCAGUCAACUGCAGACAGUACAGAACGAGUUAGAUAUCACCAAGGAGACUGUCACGGCACUACAGAAGCAGCUGAGACAGAGCAAGCGUGAGAGCGUGGAGUACUCUUUACAGAAAGAUUUGGAUGUUGCCAAGGGAACCAUUGAUGAGUUGCAGGACCAACUCAAACAGGCAUUGGCAUCAAGCUCGGAUGUUGGACAAUCAGUUCUCCUGGAGACUCUCAGUCAACAGUUGCAGGCAGCAAAGGAGAUCCAGAAGAAGCAGGAGCAUGAGAUCACAGAGCUGAAUGAGAUGCUGACAGAGGCUGGCGAGACGUUCCAGCAGAAGGAGGCUGAGAUUGCCAAGCUGAAGACGGCUCUGGCUGAGGACGAGGACAAGAUUAGUCAGCAGGCUGACAUCAUAGAGAAGUUGCAGCAAGCUCUGGAAGAGAGCAAACAGGCCAUGGAAGACAGUGAGCUACGACUACAGCGCAAGAACGAGCGAAUCACCACCCUGGUGGAUGAACACAGUCAGAUACAAGGUGAGAAUGAUGAGCUUGUGAGGAAAGUUGAAGAACUUCAGGCUCUACUUGACUCCAGCACCUCCGAGGGAGAUAGAAAUGAGUCAGAUGUCAGUGUACUUCUGGCCAAGAAAGAUGCAGAAAUUGACACACUGAAGGCAAGACUGAAGAGGGAGGAAGACGAUGCUACUAAACGUGACCAAGCUCUAAUCCAUGGCUACAAUGCUGAAAUAGCCUCAUACAAAGCUCAGGUGACAGAGCUGAAGGCGCAGCUCCGGGAAUCCAGAGGAUUAUCACCACAAAAGUCUCCCAGGAAGACACCCAAAAAGACACCACAGAAGAAAACAGAAGAUGAUCAGAGCUUCAAGAACCACCUUCUGCGUCAGAUCAAAGACCUGCAGGAUGAGCUGGACAAAAACAGCUCAGCCGUUUGUGAGCUGACCCAGGCCCUGGACAUUGCUCGGGAAUCCGUGACUGAUCUUGAGAAGAAGCUGGAGGUGGAGAGUGGUCAUCAUGUGGAGACAAAGAUCAUUGUGACGGAGCUGAAGGCGGAGUUGAAAACAUCUCUGAAGGAGAACGAAGAUGUGAUGAGGGAACUAACUCAGAGCUCGGUAAAUGUGAAGAUGGAGAAAGAAGAACUUGUGGAGGAAAUGAAAGAGAAGAAUGAAAAUGUGACACAGCUUUCAAGCUCUCUGGAAGAACUGAAAACCAAACUGCAAACCAUAACGGAGCAGAAAGACUCACUAUCUUUGGAGAAGGACAACCUACUUGAAGUUGUUGCAGCAAAGGACUCAAUAAUUGUUAGCCAUGUGGAAGGGAAGGAAUCUAUGGUUGAGAAAGUCAAAGAACUGGAGACUGAACUAAAGCAGAAAAUAGAAGAGAUUGAAAAGUUGGAGCAAUCUGUUGAGGAACUUGAAAUGGUGAACUCUGAACUAAAGCAAAUGCUCAACUCUUCUACGGAUCAGCAAGAGAAGAUGCUUGUGCAGAAGUUGUCAGACAAGGAUGUCGAGAUGCAGAAUAAAUUGGCUGCUCAACGGAAACAGUUGGAUCAGAAAAUUCUGGAAAAAGAUGAGGAGGUCACUCAAUUGCAAGACAAGUUGUCUGCCCUGAAAAAAGAACUUGAUCAGUUAAACACCCAGAAAGAGAAAGAUGCUAAAAAAAUUGAAGAGAUGCUGGCAGUUCAGAGGGAAGAGUUGAGCGGAAUCAUGUCACAGAAGGAUUUAGAACUGAAAAGCAAAGUGGACCAAAUAAGUGACCUUGUUGCAGAAAUCGAAGCUUUGAAGAACGACACAACUGAAAGAAGUGUUCGUUGUCAAAAUGUUGAGGGCAUGAUGGUAAACCUCAAAGCUGAAGUGGAGUCGAGAGAAAGUGUGAUAGAGGAUUUGAAAAGGAAGACUGACUCUUCAGAGAAAGAGGUGUCAGAAUUAAAGGAACAGCUGCAGAAGAUGACAAAUGAAAAUGAGGAGCUACAGUCAUCCCUGCAAGGAUUCAAGUCAUCACAAGAGUUAAAAGAUGCUGAGAAUAAUGCAACACUGCUGCAAGUGAGAAGUGAGUUAGAUGAUGCUCGGCAGCAGCUUGGGGACAGAGAGAAGGUUGUGAAGGAAAUGGAGCACCAAACUUUAGACAUACAGGAUGCUGUGAAGGCUCAAAAUGAGCAAAUCAGAAGUAUAAAGAAGUGUCUGGAUGAGAAGACUGCUGAAACAUCAGAGCUGGAGAAGAGACUAGUGGAUGCCAAGGCAGCUCUGAGUCAGAAGGAUCAGGAAAUGUUUUCCAUGUCAGAAACAAUGAUGAGUGAUGAAGAAAAGUCAAAACAGGAGAUUAAGGAUAUGAAAGCAAAAUUAUCUGAUAUUCAGGCUGAACUAUCCACGAAAGAAAAUGAGCUACAGCUAGUUCGGGAGUCCUAUACAAAUAUGCAGGAGCAAAUUCUGUCAAAUGAUGCAAAACUGUCCCAGCUGAGUGAGGCAUCGAUAGACAUUGCAGAACUGAAGUCAGCUUUACACAUGGAGAAGACUCUUCACCAGAAGUAUAAGGAUGACCUGCAUGAUGCAGAGGAAGAACAGAAAGAGAUGAAAGCUCGUUUGAAACAGAGUCAAGAUGACUUGAAAGUUUCUGAGAAAACAAGGGCUGAAAUAGAAACCACCCUUCAGCAAUACCGAGAUGACCUGAAAGGUGCAGAGACAGCCAGAGCUGAAGCAGAGACUGCCCUGAAGGAAGUGCAAGCUGACCUGACAGGGAAAAACAGUGCCCUGAAGGAGACUCAGAGUGCUCUGAAGGAUGCUGAGGAAAAGGAGAAGGAAAUGGAGGGAGCCAUGAAACAACUCCAGGAUGAAGUGAAACAGUCACAGAAGGGGAAACAGACACUGAAUGAAGAGAUGAAGAUGGCUGAGGAACGAUGUCAAAAGGAAAAGGAAGACUUUGACCAACUGAAAGAAACCCUUCAAAUGUGUGAGAAAAACCUGACAGCAGUUAGUUUGGAGAAGAACGUUCUGGAAGAGAAAAUGAAGUGCACAGAAGAGAGAAAUGAGCAACUGCAGAAUGAGUUACAGUCUGCUACAGAGAAGUGUGAGCAGUUGACGAUGGAGCUUGCUUCAGUUCAGGAGAAGGUGGUCAGUUUGGAGGAGGAAGUUAAGAGACUAAGUAGUCGAGUUGUGGACAAAUGUGAUUCAGUGAACUCGCUUUCAAACACUGUAACAAGCGACCAAACAUCUUCUGAUAUCCUGAUGGAACUUGAUGCAGAACGCAAGAAGAACCAAGAGAUGCUGCAGUUGGUAGAAUCCAUGAAAACAGAGGAUGACCUUGCCCCAGGAAGUGCCCGCAGACUCCGGAAGGAGAAGAUUGAGGUUGAAUGCGCACUUGUGAAUGCCAAGUAUGAGAUCAAACGGUUGAAGAGACAGCUUGAGCGGAGUCAAGGAGGGUCUAUUGUGUUAAGUCCAACUAAAACAACAGACAGAGAUCUGGUUAAGAGGUUAGAGGACUCUGAAAAUAAGUAUGAAGCGUUGCAAAAUAAACAUGCACAGUGUGUGAAGGAGUUGAGUGAAGGUCAAACCAAGGUUGUGACUCUUGAAGCAGAGAUGAAGGACAUUAGAUGUGAACUUGCUGAGAAAAAGCAAGAUGUUCAGAAUCUUAGCAAAACUCUGGAAAACAGUUCACGGGAGAGGACGUCGUCUUCUUCAACAGCAUCAACCGACUCCUUCGUCCAUGAUGAACUACAAAGGAGCCAGGAUCGAGAGAGAAAUCUCCGCCAACAGUUGCAGCAGGCUAGCAAUUCCAUGAAGGAGAACAUUGAGAAGAUCUCUGAGCUGGAGGAACAGUUGACAUCUACCCAGCAGACCCUUCUAGAGGCUCAGGACACAGUCACUAUGAUGAAGAGAGAGCAUGAGAAGCUUUCACGAGAGCAGACGACAUCAAAUGAGCUCAGGGAGGAGAUCAAGCAGCUGAAGGUCGACCUUGGACGGAAGACUGAGAAGCUUGAGGUCAGAAGUUUGUCCUUGAAGGACCUGAGGAGAGGCCAAGAUGCAGAGCGAGAGAAGUUUGAUGUGGUGCUUCGAGAUGCCCGGGCCAAUGAGCAAGUGAUAGAGCAGCUGAAGGUGGCUCUGACAGAGCAGGAGGAGACAAUGGUUGCCCAGGACAAGGUGCUCAAUAACAAGGAUGACGAGAUCAAGACGCUCACAGAAGAGCUGAACAAGAUGACGGAGCGGUACAGACAGAUGCUGGAUCAGCGAGGUGAUUCGAGUAGGGAGUUGAGGGACGUAAUGAAGUCUCUGACCAAGGCAGAGGUGGAGAGAGAUGAGAUAAAGCGGCAGGUGGACAAGCUCACGUCUGAGAAGAAUCAGAAGGACAUCGUCAUCAGAGAGAACAACCAUGAGAUAAAGGACCUGGAACGCUCUCUAGCAGAGAAGCGACAAGAGAAUGUGGAUCUGAAGAGCUCUGUAGACAAGGAGGUUCAUAAACAUGUGGAGGAUAAGAAGGCCGAGACUAGCGCUGUGAUAGACGACCUCAAGCUGAAACUUAGGGAAAAAGACCGCGAUUUACGGAAGGUUGAGAAAGAAAUCCAGAAGUAUGAAGAUCAACUGAAAGAAAUGAGGAAAAAUGUGACCGACAAGGACCAUGAAAUGGAGGCUUGGCGAGAACAACGCGACAAGCUGGUGGGCAGUCUGGAGACGCUCAUGAAACAACAAGCAGCAGAGAUCAAACAACUCAAGCAGGAAAAGCAAACUGUCAACAUCAAGGAUGAGGUUCUGUCCCAGAUGGAAGAGAAGGAGAUGAAGAUUGUGGAGCUGGAGGAGAAGCUCCUCAAUCUGGAGCACAUGAUGACCUCACAGAACAAACAGAGCAGUGGCAACCGAGGUCGCAAGAGGUCGACCGUCGCCUCCCACCCUGACUUAGAGCUGCUCAGGAAACAGCUGGAGCAGGAGCGUGAGGACAAGCUGGAGCUACAGAGACAGAUGCGGCUGCUGCAGAAGGCCAGCGACCAGAUAGUGGCGGACCUCAAGUGUUCCAACAAUCGCCUACAGGUACAGGUGGCAGCACUGCAGGGAGUCCCCCCUCCCCCAAAGCCCCCACGAAUGGACCCGAGCUUCAUCAAUGACAAUGAGCCUACACACGGCCAUCAGGAGAUGGAUGCCACGCCCCCAAUAGCUGCCAAGGCCAUCAAGAAGUCUGGGAGGAAACGAGCGCCGGCACAAGAAGAAUCCCCCGCUCCAGAACAGACGCCGAAGUCAAAGCGGGGCCGAGGUCGACCUCCUCAAAUUAAAAAAGAAGCAGAGGCUCCACCAACAGAGAAUCUCAUGGCAAUAGCUGAGGAGGAGGAAAGCAGUCGACCAUCCCGACGAGCGAAGAAGGUUGCAAAGGGAAAAAUCGGAGACAUUGUUACGGCAAUAGCCAACUCUCCUGUCACCAGAUCAGACUGGGAAAAAAUAACACGCUUAUCGUCUAAAACAUUGGCUGCAGCUAAGAAAUUCAUAGGCACGAUGGGAGAUGGUGGGGAGCCGAAUACGAUGGAGCUGGAGGCGGAGUCAUCCAACAAGAAGGGGAAGCGAGGGAGGAGGAAUCUGUACAAGGAGGAGGUGUCUGCACCCUUUGCUUGUGCGCCUUUUGUUCCGCCUAUAUCCGAGAAGGUGGAUGUCCACAACGUUGUACAGAGGCAGCUGCGAGGGCGGAGGAAGAUGUCCCACUCAACCGACUGCUGACCUGUAUAUACUGCCUGUACAUAUCGUAUACCAUAGCUGGGACUGUAUCUUCCAGUUGGGAUAUAACUAGGAUAUGCAGCAGGAGGUUUAACAAGAAACCAUGACAGUGCCAUAGACCUAAAUGGACUCCUUCAGGAACAAAAGGCUGUUCUUCACAGGAAGCAUCAUUCAAAUUGAUUAUGUGGUUGAUACAAGCUGUGGUAUCUUGACAAGAAAUAUUUGAAGAUGAUCAUGAUGAGAUUUGGAAUGCUGUCUCAUCAAAAUGAGGCACCUUUCCAAAAAUGGAUCUCAGUGUGACUAUAUUGCAGUAAUCCUGGGUUAAGUAUGGGAGUUGUGAUAAUCUUUUCAGUGAACUUGCUUUGUGGAACGGGCUUGGUCUUUUACUCCGAUUCUGUGUAUCUCUGGGUUAAGAUCAGACAAACCUGAUAGAGGUCCCAACUAAUGAUCUAAGAGCAAACUUUUAGACUCAAAUGAAUGAAGGGGGUUUUAAGUCAAUGAGACGUUUUCUGAAGGAAUUUUUCCUCAAAACAAAUACUGUGCACUUGUUGGGUAUGUAGAAAAGAACAGGGUUUUAGAUUGUUUUCACUUCUGUCCACUCUGAAUUGCCUUAUAAGCAUGAACAUAUGUCAGACAGAAAUAUAAUGUCAUGCUUUGACUGUUCCUCCAACCCAUACCAUUUAGAAGCCCCAUAUAUAUUGGGGAUUUCUGACUUGACCUACUGUAGAGGAAGCUUUGUCAGACCUUUAAACAGAUAGGGGUUGAUUCUGAUCGGUAGGGUGAGUUUGAAUGCAUAUAGAGAUACUGGUGGGAAUAGCCAGCUGAUGUUCCAGGUAACCAGCCCUACCACAUGUUGACUGGUUUGCCUGUAAACCUGCUACAAGAUGGUCAAAACAAGGUUAUGAGAACAUAAGAGGAGUUUUAUCAGAAGCAAUAAAACUAGGAGUUUUGCCAGUAAUAUAAUAUGUCCAUCAGAGGGACAACCAGAAAUAAGUUGUUGUUUUUUUCUUGUGUAGUGUCAGAAAUAACAAUUGCGGGUAAAAUAUCAAACCAGCUGUGGUUUGAGUUAGGUUGUGUCAUUUGAUGUUUUUCUCAAAUUUUGAAAUGUGGUAGUAGAUUAAUCAAUUUCCUAAUUGUUUUGAUGUAUUCAAAUCAGCUGGAAUAAAGCUGGAAUAUUGCUGAAUGCGUUUUAAAGCAACAAAUAGACAAAUGAAAUGUGAAAAUCAAUUCUGUAUGAAAAAUACUGUUUUGAGCUUUUUCAGCAACUGAUAUUGUAUGGUACAAACAUAUUAUGCAUUAAGGAAAUGAUUAAUCCUGCAUGAAGUCACAUGCAAAAUGCGAUAUUCAUUAUUCCAAGCCUCAGAGGCAUGAUGCCAUUUUGUAAGAUAAAUAUAGAGUGUUGAUUUGUUCUGACAAUAAUUCUGCAAAAUGUAGUACUCUUAAUAGAGAGUGCAGGACUUGUGAUUGGACAGUGCUAGAUAGUCUGACUGGACCAUGUUAAAUGUAGAGUAUGCAUAUAGGUGUGUAUAUAGUGUACAGCACAUUGUAAAUAGUGUACUGGUAUUUUGUGUUUUGUGUCUAUCUGAAGAGCUCAAAGCUAUACUUCUAUCUGCUCAACCUCUCCACCUCCAUAUACAUAUAUACUGUGCUGGACUAGGGCCUAUGCUGCAUGACACUGAGGAUUUCUCUUCGGCUCAAAUCUGUCCUAUCUCCGUUCCCAGCUGUUGUACACGACUCUCUCAAUUAUCAGUUGAGGUAAAAAUGUACAAGUUUGGAUUUUUUGUGAAUUCUUUUUCAUCUUCGGUGUUAGUGACUUGGCAUUACAUGUAUAUUUGGCAUUGUAUUUUUACAAAGCAGAUUAUUUUUUAAUUUUUAUUUGUUUUCUUUUAAACAAUUGUUGUAACCAUUAUCAAUUUGUUCUUCAUCAUUUUGCGACAUAAGAAAACUCAAUCAUUGUCUUCAGCAACCCAUGCUUGCCAUAAGAGGGAUCGGGUGGUCAGGCUCUGUCUUGGUUGACACAGGUCAUUGUAUCCCACAUGCUUGAAAUGAUUCCAUCAUUCACUGGAUUGUCUGGUCAAGACUCGAUUAUUUAAAAAAAAAGUCUGCGAGAAAGUUGGAAUAUUGCUGCGUGCUGCCUUAAACUACAAUAGAGUUGGGACCAUAAUGGCCUCUCCACUUGCAAAGAGUCUCCUACAACGUUUUUUAAGUAUGUAUGUGGGAGUUUUGGGAAAACAAAGAACACAAUGGUUGUUUCAUUUUAUAAAUUAUGUUCCUCUUCGUCUCUCUCUGCUAACAUUGUCAUGUGUCUCAGAAUGUACGGUUGGCCAAAACAGCUCAAGUAUUUUUUCAUGCACAUUGGGGCUUUCCCCAAAUUUCACAUCCUAGUAGCUUUGGCAACAAGAAGGGACAGGACGGGUCCAAAUUUUCUACCUGGGUACCCCACCCCCUAUUACCCUACCCUACACGUUAUGUUAAUUCCUGACAUCAAUUUUGUAAGAGAUGGCAGUAUAUCGUAACUGUAAUUGUUUUCUAAAUUUUCAAAGACAAUGUAACGUUUUAAUCAUGAUACAAUAACAUAUUACAUCUCUUAAUCUAUUAGUCACAUUAUUAUAACGGGUCCGGGUAUUGAGACGGGUACCCGGUCCAGCUCAUUACCUACCCGUACCGUGUAUCCGGGUUACCGGUCUUAGCCUUAGCAAAAAGCAAUCUGAAAAUAGAUGUCUGUCUCAACCGAGUUUUGUUGAGUAUGGACUUGGCCCCCCAUGGGCCACUCAAUAUCUGGAACAAAAAUUUCCCUGUUGUGACUGUUAUGGGACCAUCAUAGAUCAGCGCAUCUGUUUAUCAAUACAGUGGAAGCCCCCAAAACCGGCAUCCCUCCAAUCCGGCAUGCUCUCAAUAUCGGCACUGUAUGUUGAAAUCAUCUGUGACUGGAGCAACACUGCAAAACAGUCACUGAAUUAAAUUCACUCAUAUACUAUUAACUGAUGCAGUGCCAAGAACAGUAUUUAUUGAUUUUAUGGUAGAAUUUCAGUUUCUUUCAUCUUCCUUCUUCUUAAUCCAGAACUUGUUUCGUAAAACGUAAAACCAUGUCGUUUUGUGAAACAUUGUUCUUGGUAGCUCGUGAAUUAGACAGCAGCAGUUCAGUCGUUCUGUGAUAUGUCGAAUGGGAACGGACAAGUGGUGACUGGCGAAAAAGUAUUUGCUGUUUGUGAUUUUGGGUUGCUCAAAGAAUGUAUGCAUGCAUAUUAUAUAUAAUAUUAGAAAUGCUUAAACGUGUUGAAAUGUCAAGUAUUUGGAUGCAUUCAAUUGAGCAAUUGCUUUAAGAAGUAUUUCUUAUGAUUGCUUUAACGAAGAGGAAGAAUUAUAUCUUUCAUUACUAUAUACUAUUUUCGUUUGUUUCGACAGUUGAUAAACUAUUUACCCAACAACUGCUGAUCAGUGUUACACUCUACCUGUUUCUAUCACUCACUUCUGUUGUUUGUAUCAUGUCCGUGUUGAAAUCACCAAGAAACAAAUAAAUAAGGAAAUUUA